CCCAGCAACAACAUGCUGUACCCCAAGGAGGACAAGGAGAACCGGAUCCUGCUCUACGCUUGCCGUAACUGCGACUACCAGCAAGAGGCCGAUAACAGCUGCAUCUACGUCAACAAGAUCACCCACGAAGUGGACGAGCUCACGCAGAUCAUCGCCGAUGUCUCCCAGGACCCUACGCUGCCCCGCACCGAGGACCACCCCUGCCAGAAGUGUGGGCACAAGGAGGCCGUCUUCUUCCAGUCGCACAGCGCCAGAGCUGAGGACGCGAUGAGGCUCUACUACGUCUGCACCGCCCCGCACUGCGGCCACCGCUGGACUGAGUGACGGCACCUGGAGAUUCUCUCAGACCCCGAAAUCACGCCAGCUGGCGCCCGGUACCCCAAAACCU